AUUUUUGAAUGAUUUAUCAAAUAAAUUCACAUAUUUAUUUUAUAAUAUCGCAUAUUAAUUGUAUUUCUUAAACGGCAUUGUUACCAGCUUUAAUAAUUAUAUUGAAGGUUGCGUUUAUAUUUUGUGACAGCGUCAACCCUCGCAUAUUCGCAAGCAUGUGGUGAUUUCCAAAUUCGAACAUUCAAAUCAAAUCAAAACAAAGUAUAAUUCUUAUAAAGUUCUUUGAUAUCCUAUUUCAGUUUAAUAGUUUUAGUGUACUAAAGUUUUAAACGAUAGAAAAAUGUCCUCUGAACCAGAUAUCGCUAAAGAAGCGGUGCUGAAACGAAGUGAAAAUAUACCCGAAAACACUCCCAUUGUUCAGGGCUAUGAUUGGAAUCAAGGAAUUGACUACUCAAAAUUAUUGGAGUCGUAUGUUAAUACGGGCUUUCAAGCCACUAAUCUUGGAUUGGCAAUAAGAGAAAUCAACAAAAUGCUUGAUUGUAGGCAAAAGCCACUUAAGCCGGAAGAAGCUGAUUUGCAUGAAACAGAUGAAUUCAUAAGACGAAAACAUAAUUGCACCAUUUUCCUUGGGUUCACAUCUAAUCUGGUAUCGUCAGGUUUACGCGAAACGUUACGAUUCCUAGUUGAACACCAAAUGGUCGAUUGUGUAGUGACGACAGCGGGUGGAGUUGAGGAAGACUUUAUUAAAUGUCUAGCACCCACAUACAUGGGCUCAUUCGAACUGCCUGGACGAGAUUUACGUGAUCGGGGUAUAAAUCGUAUAGGUAAUUUACUUGUUCCGAACGAUAACUAUUGCAAGUUUGAAGAUUGGCUCAUGCCUCUACUUGAUGAAAUGGUCGAAGAGCAAAAAACGAAAGGUACGAUUUGGUCACCUUCUCGUAUUAUUCACCGACUUGGGGAAAGGAUAAACGAUACUAGCUCCAUAUAUUAUUGGGCAGCUAAACAUAAAAUACCGGUAUUUUGCCCAGCUCUUACCGAUGGUAGCCUAGGUGACAUGAUGUAUUUCCACUCCUUUCGUCACCCUGGAUUGGUGGUAGAUAUUUUGUCCGAUUUGCGACGACUAAACACUAUGGCUGUAAAAGCCACUAAUUCUGGAAUGAUCAUAAUUGGUGGCGGUAUCAUAAAGCAUCACAUAUGCAAUGCAAAUUUGAUGAGAAAUGGAGCCGAUUAUUCAGUUUUUAUAAACACAGCAUCGGAAUUCGAUGGCAGUGAUAGUGGUGCACGUCCAGAUGAGGCGAUAUCUUGGGGCAAAAUACGCAAAGAUGCGACACCAGUUAAGGUGUAUGCAGAAGCUAGUUUAGUAGUACCAUUACUUGUAGGUGAGACAUUUGCUAAAAGACAUUUCAAUGCAAAGAAGAAAACCGAACUAUAAUAUAUGUAUAAUAUGUAAAUAAAAAUAUUCAAAUAAAUCUUCAAACUAUUUAUUUAUGAAAUUAUAAGAGUAAAGGAUUUUUUAAAGUAUAGCAAAAUAACGUUUGCAACGUAAGUAUAUAACUGUUAUACAAAAUAUUGUAAUAAAUUUUCAGCAUGCCCUAAUAAAUUGUGAAAUUGUUUAGAUCCGGCAAUACUAAGGCAGAUUGAUUUCGAACAGCUGGUAAAAAGUGUUGUCAACAAUUUUGUGUAUUACUUUGUCGUCGCAAGGGAUUCGAAUUUUUUUAUUAAAAGAGUAGUGUAUUCUCAUUGUUAAAUUAUAAUAAAUAUUUUAGUAUUGAAAACUGUAUUUAUUUAAUUAACAAUAAAAAUAAUUUAAAGUACCGAAGUUUGCAAUUUCGAUUUGUUUUAAAUAGAAACGGCGAUAGUGGUCAAGCAAGUAGCAAAUCAGCAACGCAGAGUCGCAGUUGAGUUUAUAGCAUCGAUAGCAACGACGGGAGCGGCAAGAGCAACGGCAACAGUGACGAAAAUAAAGAAAAGUGGACGUCGAGGAAAUUAAAAAAUUUCUAAAAAUAUUUGCAAUUAAUUAAAUCGGUUUACAAAUCCAAAGUUAAAAAUGGUCUUAAAGGUUUAUGUAAGCGGUAUGUCCGGUAACAAAGAGGU